AACACAGAACACAUAGAACAUAGAAUACGUUACACAAUGAAAACCAAUUUCGAAAAUUUCAAACAAAAUUGAUAAAAUGACCAAAAGCGAAAAGUUACAAAUAUUUCGUCUGAUACAAGAUCGUGAAUUAGGUUUGUAUCAUCAAUGUCCAUGGUUAUUCCAAGAACGAGUGGAAAAAUCAUUGAUCAAGUAUGAUCGUUAUGAAUUUAUUAAAUUUCAGUCAUAUUCAGGUCCAAUAGUUAUUGAUGAUCAAUCCAUUUAUUCGAAUCGAAUGACCAAAUGCGAAACAUUAACCAAUCUGAAUCAAAAUAAUAUGGAUAGAUUGCAGGAAAUUUAUUCAUCAUCCACUUAUCCAUUUAAACGUCUUUUUGAUUAUAUGCUCAUUACAUCAAUGUUAUGGUCAUUUGAUAAAGUACCAUUACCGGCCAAAGAUUAUCUUGAUGGUUUUUAUUGUCUUGCAUUGAAAACAAAUUCAAACAAUGAACAACAACAACAACAACAACAAUCAACCCAUUUGUAUAUACAAUCACAUCGUACGGGUCGAAUUGUUGAACAAUAUCCAUUAUCAAUGGAUUCAUUAAAUUAUUAUCAAUUUCGUCAUUUAGAAUAUGAUGCCAAUUGUCAACAAUUAAUUAUUCAUUCGAAAAGAAAUUAUUGGAAUUGGAAUGAUUCAAAUAUUGGAAUAUUUUCUAUGAUAAUUUUUAAAUUAUUUCCAUUUCGUUUACGAACAUUUGUUGAAUUUGAUAAAGCCAUUGAACGAAAAACAAUCAGUAUGGUUUCUGUACAAAAUGAUUUGCUUAUUUAUGGUUCAUCAGGAUCAACAUGGAAUUGUUUAUUUAUUUAUCAUUUAGAUUCUAUCCUCAAACUCAAUGCAAUUGAUCAAUCCAUUACUGUUGAUCAUCAACAAUUUCUUCAACCAAAUUGUCAUGUAAAAAAAUUGACCGAAUGUUUAUUUAAAUUUGAUUGUAAUACAAUUGAAUUCAUUUCACCAAUACCAUGGUUAUUUUUAUGUCACCAAAAACAAUAUGGUUUUUACAAUUUUUCAUCCAAUUUUUACAUUCAUGAUUUAAAAUGCGGACAAAAUCAACAAUUCAAUGAUAAUCAUUGUCACAAUAGUGAACUAUUCCAACAUCAACUUUAUUUCAAUGGAAUCAAACGAUCAAUUUAUUAUAUAACAAGUGAUUAUUUAGCCAUUUAUCGUCAUUAUCCACCAAAAUCAUCCCACAACGAUCAUAAUUCGAUUCGAUUGAUACAAACAUUAAAUGUCAAUGAAUUAAGAGGGAUGAUCGAUGAUCGAUCUUUAUCGGUAACAAUAAUUCAAUGUGAUUAUCUUGAUCAAUUGGAUACAAUGUUAUUAUUGACAAUCAAUUUAGAAUAUUCACAUAGUUUGCAGUUACAUAUUGUUGAUAAUUUACAUCAAUGGUCAGCAUCGCGUUUCAAUCAUUCACUAAAACAUUCAAUUCGUACGAUCAAAUUAAGGGAAAUGAGAUAUUUUGAAGAUUAUCAUUAUCAAAUUUAUUGGCAAUAUAAUUUCAUAAUAAUCGGUCAACGUAAUCAAAGUCAACAAUAUUUAUAUAUUUAUCAAUUGCAAUUCUAAUCAAUAAAAUCU